AUGGCUGUGGAAUACUUGGGGAUCAUUGUAUUGGAUAAGGGCUUUAGUUUAGAUAAGCUCAAGAUCCAGGCCGUACAAAAAUGGCCAACUCCCACUAAAGUCAAGGAGGUCCAAUUGUUCCUAGGCCACAUGGCCAGGCCGUUACAUAACCUGGUCAAGAAAGAUACGCCCUGGCAAUGGAGCACUAAGGAACAAGAGGCCUUCCAAGGACUGAAGGACACCAUCACCAAUGCCCUGGUAUUAUGUCACGCAGACCCAUCCAAACCCUACUUUUUAGAAACAGACGCCUCAGGAGCAGCACUAGGUUCCAUACUCAGCCAACGUCAGGAAGACGGCUGGCUCCACCCACUAGGCUUUCUGUCAGAAUCAUUCAAGGGUGCCAAGCAGAACUAUGACAUGCACAACAAGGAACUACUUGCAAUCAUCCGCUCCUUUGAGUACUGGCGCAUCUUCUUGGAAGGAAUGGCUCACCCAAUCAUGGUCUUCACGGAUCAUCAAAACCUGGAAUAUUGGAAGGAGUCCAGAACCUUUAACCGCCGCCAUGCAUGA